AUGGACGUCUUCGAGCGCAACUGCGAGACCCUCAAGGCCAUGCUGGCGGACACGGGCGUCAAGGCGCGGCCCCACGCCAAGGCCCACAAGAGCGGCUACCUCGCGAGGGCGCAGCUCGCGAUCCUGGGCGACGUCGCGUCGGGCGUCUGCUGCCAGACCGUGCGCGAACUCGAGGCCAUGGUCGCCGCGGGCGUCGACGACAUCUUCCUCACGAACCAGGUCGUCGGGCCGGACAAGCUGCGGCGGCUCCGCGCCGCGCUCGACGCCGCGCCGGGGGUCGUGGGCGUCCUCGUCGACGACGCGGCGCAGGUCGCCGCGCUGGAACAGGCCGUGGCGGGCUCUUCGAAAACGUUGGACGUCUACGUCGAGGUCGACGUGGGCCAGAACCGCUGCGGCACGCGGCCCGGCGCGCCCGCCGCGGACCUCGCGGCGACCGUGGUCGCGGCGGACGGCCUGCGCUUCAGAGGCGCGCACUGCUACCACGGCCUCUUGCAGCACGUGCGCAAGACCGACGAGAGAAAAGCCAAAGUCGGCGGCGUCUGCGACGGCGUCCGGGCGACGCUGGCGGCGCUGGAGGCCGCGGGCAUCGGCUGCGACGUCGUCACGGGCGGCGGCACGGGCACGUUCCCUUACGAGCGCGACAGCGGCCUCUACACGGAGGUGCAGCCGGGCUCCUUCUGCCUCAUGGACGGCGACUACCUCGCCAACGACUACGACGACGCGCCCUUCGAGCGGUCCCUCGCGGUGCGCGCGACCGUCGUGUCGCGGCCGACGGCGGACCGGGCCGUCGUCGACAGGGCAGCAAAAGAGAGCGAAAUUCCCAACUUCAAAGGCUCAUAUCUCGGCCGUUUUCCACUCGUCGUCGACGCGGGCUCCAAGGCCGUGGACCUCGUGUCCGGCGCGCCGACGCUCGCCGUCGGGUCCUUCCGCUCCGGCGGCGACGAGCACGGCAUCAUCGACGGCCCGGGGGACCUCGCGUGCGGCGACCACGUCGAGCUCUUCCCGAGCCACUGCGACCCCUGCGUCAACCUCCACGACUACUGGGUCUGCCACCGGGGCGGCGUCGUCGAGGCCGUCGUCCCCGUGGACGCGCGCGGGCCGGGGUUGUGA